GGGGACCAGGGGCAGUGCUAGGGGUGGAGUCAUGAUUAGGAAGAGACGCCCAAACUUGAUCGAUGCCCCCGAUGACAGCUUCUUCUUUGUCUCCCGGGAGACCAGGAGGGUCAGGUGGCUGCUGUCUCGGUCCCAGCUGAGGCGCGCCUGUCGACAGCCCUGUGAGCAGAUCACCCUGCGCAGGGCAUCCCAGGCACCACCACAGGGGCCGCUCCUCGCCCCUCCACACCCCCACCCCAGCCUCCGGAUGAGGGGACCCAUUGUCAUCCACAACUGACCCCUGACCUCUGACCCUAUCUCCCUCCCAUGCCUGUACCCUGCCUAUGCUCAGCUCGACAUGCAAGACCCCAAUCCUAGUUUCACCCAGCCCCGCCCUCCCCAAACGCCCCCCUUUAAAUAAAAAAAAACGGUGAACCUCUGGACUCUUCGGAAUCUGACCCUUCACCUCGGCAGGAAGUGAUGUGCUUCGUUGCCGUGGAGACAGACAUAAAGGGGUUCCCACCUGUACAGAUCCAACUCCCCUGGGACAGAAAACCAGUGAGUGUGUGAACUUGAUUAUGUUUUUUCUUCUUCAGUACCUACUGCAUGUCAGUGACUGGUGGUUGUGAGCUCUCCUCGGUUUGUCAGAGAGAUCUAACCUGAUAUCAACUAACCAGAUCAGCUGAAUUUAAAGGGAUGGUUUGAUCACAAACUAGAUGGUUAAAGGGAUUGGAUCACUAACUAGAUAACUGCAUCAUUAUGCAUCCUACAGUUCCACGACACUGCUAACUUCUGAGUCAACAACAUAGAAAUACGCUCCUCUGCAUCUGAGCCAUUGUAUAUUACUAUACCGAUUGCAACUCUGUACAGUCUAGACAUUCUGUUUUAUGCUCUACCUAGCACUGCUAUAGGCAGAACACUUCCUCUCUCCUCAACGGAACCUGGGACUGUCAUGACAGAUCUAAUCUGAUUUGGUAUUCUAUUCCCUGUGUAGGGCACAACUUUUGGCCAGAGCCAUCUAGUGCCCAAGGGAAUAAGGGGCUAUUUAGGACGUCCCCUGCAGUAGCAUGCCACUGAGGUCAAGCCUCCUGAUUUGUUUAUGUUGGUGUUCAUGAA